UAUAAUUGCCAAUAUCCACGAAGCAUUACCCGCGUUUUGGGAAAGCUAAAGCAGUCUCUCAAAAGUACUCCCAACUCCCACGAAUCAAUUUUGAACCGUAAUUUUCUGUUCAUUUUCCAUGAAAAUUCAUUAGUUCAAAAGCUCAAUUUUUUCCUUAAUUGGACCAUAAUAUGCAGUUUUCUUAGAUAUAAAGAUACAAUUAUAUUAGAAAUGACAGCUCUUGCUGCUUCAGUUGCUCCAUGGAUCCCUGAAGAUGACCUGUUAUUGAAGAACGCCGUUGAGGCAGGCGCUUCUUUGGAAGCACUCGCUAAGGGAGCAGUCAGAUUCUCGCGAAAAUUUACAGUUGGAGAAUUGCGAGAUAGAUGGUAUUCUCUGCUCUAUGACCCUGUAAUUUCAGCUGAAGCUUCUUCUCGUAUGGUCGAAUUUGAACUUUCUUUCCCCAAUUCUAGAGUUGGCUCUGAUCUUUCUGCUAAAAGAAAAGUUGAUAGUGUUCAACGGAUGUACUAUGCCAUGAAGAGGAAGAAAACUUGUGCCCGACCUGAUAGCUCUCCUAGCAUCAGUUUUCUUGGUGCAGCUGAGGCUAGUUGUGGAGACAACAUAGCAUUUGAUAGUCAGCCACAAGGUGGAAGUUGUAUGUUUGGAGACUAUGAUCAAAACCCUUUUGAGUUUGUUGGGAAAGAUAAUGAACUUACCAUGGAGUUUCCCUCUUUUGAGAAAGAUAGUGGAUGCAAAAGUAUUCCGUGUAAUGCAAGAGACAGAUUAGUAGACUUUCUGAGUAGUGAGAGAGUUCACGAAAUGGCAUUGGCACGUCCGUUGCCAGAAAGUAGCACUUUGUUUCAUGCUCAGGGACUUCCCUCUCCACCAGCAAUAUGGGAAACAAUAGAGGAAAUUUCUGCUCCUGCAAUGCCAAUUAGUAUAAGCAUUGAAGAUAAAGGCCAACAAGAAGCAUUGACGCAUCGUGAUGGUAUGGAAUUGGAUAGUAAUAAAAUAAGCUUAUCAGGAAUGAAUGUUGUCCAUUCGGGGGCAAUAUUGCAAGACAAACAUGAUGUUGAUGUACUAAAUAAUUCAAAUGCAAUCUCAGAAUGUGAUUAUGCAGACCUGUCAGAGUCGCUCUUAAACUUUGCAAAUGAAGAUGAGCUGCUUUUAGUGGAUAUAGAUGGGAAAGACACAGUAGAUAAAAUUUGUUACGAUGGCGCUUUGGUGAAUUGUCCUAAUGAUAUUAGAGCACCAAAUUUUGAAGAAUCAAAGACGAUAGUUUCAGAUAAAAGCCUUGAAAUUCCUGCCAAUGCAUGCACUGCAGAAUUAGAGCCUAUUGUUGAAAGGUCGCUUUCUAGUGAUGUUGAGCAGCAUGGUCAUCUGUGUUCAGAAAUCAACUUACCAUCAUCUACAUCAGCAACACAUACAUGCUCUGCAGAGCAAUGUGAUGGAGAGAUGGAGUGUACUUUAAACAGUGAAGACCCUGAUAUCCCAUCCAAUGAUGAUGUUUUCUUUCCUAAAGAAUUUGCUGCUUCUAUGAUGAGAACAAAAUCUAAGGAAGCUGGUUACUCAUCUUUUUCAUAUGCUAAUUUAAAGGAUGACAAACAAAAGCAAAGCUUGAUGAAGAAAGAAGCAAAUCCUGCACAAUCUCAUAUUGCUUGCCAGAUGACAAGACUGGACAUGUUGCCAGUAACCAGCCCAGGCAACCAACUCAUCGGCUGUGGAAUCAAAUGUGAAUCUCCUGAUGAUGUGGCGUCCGGACAGGCUAGCAAUGCUUACAGAUGUACCAAUCAAUGCACAGCAGCACGGGCAACUCUAAAUUCUGGUCCAGUUGGACUACUAAAGGCAGAGGCAUUACUUGCAUGUAAUGCCAUGGGUUUGCCAUUGUAUGCAAAACCAUGCUCUCCUAAACAAGUUACUUCAGUACCAGAAGCCAAACCCUUAACAUUAAAUGAGGAAGAAUCUGAGAUUGAUGAUGAUAAUGAUAUUCCAUCCUAUUCUGACAUCGAAGCCAUGAUACUUGAUAUGGACUUGUGCCCAGGUGAUGCAGAUUCUUAUGGCAAUAGGGAAGUCUCAAGGUAUCAAAAUGAGGAUACCAGAAGGAUAAUUAUGAGAUUGGAACAAUGUGCUGGAUCAUCUGUACAAAGAGCCAUUGCAUCUCGAGGUGCACUUGCUGUCUUUUAUGGGCGCCAUUUGAAGCAUUAUAUAAGGAAAACUGAGGUCAUACUUGGCAGAGCAACAAAUGAUAUGGAAGUCGAUAUUGACUUGGGAAGAGAAGGACCUGCCAACAAAAUAUCAAGACGGCAGGCACUUGUAAAGAUGGAAGCAGAUGGUUCCUUCUUCUUGAAGAAUCUUGGUAAGAGUCUAGUAUUUUUGAAUGGCAAAGAAGUUGCUACUGGACAGAGUAUGAGUCUGGGUUCAAAUAGUUUGAUUGAGAUUGGGGGAAUGGCAUUUGUGUUUGAAAUUAACAGCAAAUCUGUAGGGCAGCACCUGGCAAAUGCCUCAAAAAUCUGCCAACAAAACAACAUCAAAUUUGAAUGGUCAGAAGGAAUUUCAUGAGUAAAGAAAGCCAUCAACUGUUUCUUUUAUCUUUUAUAUUAAGCUUCCUAGGUGAACAAAAGUGAAUGUUGUAGUUGUGUACCCUUGCGUUGGAUGCACACAGUCCAACUAUAUAUAUAUAUAUAAUACAAAAAAUUUGAUUUCUUAGACA